AUGUCUACAGUCGGAACUCUAGUAUUCUGCAGCGACUGUGGUAACCUCCUCGACUCCGUCACCGGCACUGACAGGCUCGAAUGCGAAAUGUGCGGCACCGUUACCAAAGACCCCGGUAACAAAACAGUUACAACUCAGUCUGCACCUUCUGCAUUCCCGUCAGCGCUCCGGUUGAAGAAGAGUGCGGUUCAAAGUUUAGCUACAGAAGAUAUACAGACAGAAGCAGAGAUCAAACAGAUCUGCCCCGAAUGUGGGAGGGAAAAGAUGUGGUUCUAUACGCUACAGCUCCGAAGUGCGGAUGAAGGUGCUACGGUAUUUUACCGGUGUGAAUGUGGCUAUAGAUUCAAUACCAAUAACUAA